AUGUCUGAUAAUUUGAUAGAAUUAACCGUUCCUGAUGUCGAACCAGAAACGGAUCGUCCAAAAUCAUCCAGUGGUAGUAGCAUAAAGAGUGAAAUAUUUACUGAAGAUGCUGUUAAGAAGGGAACAACUGUGCAACGUCGGAUUCUGCCGGGUCAUGAUUCGUACAACCGUUUGUUCGGAGAAUACAAGCGCCCGCCAACACCGAUAAGAAAUCAUCAGAAAAGUACAAUUUUCGACAGUUCGGAAAAGUCGACACCGAAAGUGACACCGAAUCAUAUGAAAAGUACCAUAUUUGAUGUUACUGUUCAAGAUUCCGUUAAACAUGAGGAUUCUCAACGACGAACUUUCCCAACACACAAUUCUCAUGAUCGAUUGUUUGGAACAAAAAUCGACACUCCGGAUGGCUCGAAUGACCAGCCGCCGAAGCAGCCUUCAGACGCAGGAAUGGAAAACGAAGUGGCUUGUAACGGAAUAGGAAGUACCAGGAACAGAAUUCCCCCAGGUGGUCAUUCUUCCGGAUUAUGGUGA